UCUGUAAUGUUCUAUAAUUGCAACAAGGGUUUAAACAACACACCAGUUUGGCACGGACCGUUACACUUCAAAUGACUUACUGAAUAUUCUUCCUAAAAAGAGUUUAAUAUUGGUACUGCAUUCACCUCUUUAGGUGCAUUCCUAGUCUUUCUGAAUUGUAUGCAAUGAAUUAGACUAAAGAACCAUGCUGCCCUGAGUAUUAAAACUAUUUUGGUAGGCGAUGAGCUGCUUGUCUUGUCCUCAGUCCUGAAGAUUCAGUGAUGUCAGCAAAUCUGGCUCUCAUACAGUAAAAGUUACGCAGUUUAUUUUCUCUAAUGGCCUUUAGUUUCUCACUGUUGUUAAGGAGAAAAACCUUCUGGAAGUACAGUUGAUUUAACGUGACAAGUUUUUUAAAUGUUUCCUCUACUCGGUUACAUAACACAGUACAUAAAUUGUUGUUCCUGCUCGUUCACAAAGCUUUUCUUUAACCAACCCUACGUCACAAAAGACAUGAUUUGUCAUGAUGUCAUGAUUUUCAGCAAAGCUUUGACACAGAGUCUGUCUUUGAGCUCACUGUGUGUGUGGGUCAUUCACGGUUGAAACAGCCAUGUCAUGUCGUGUGUAGAGUGUCAUGUGUAAAUGAGUAACAUGUUUCUGUGGCUCAGUAAUUCAUCAGCGUGGAGUCUUAAUUUAGGAUUCUGCAUGUCAGACUUGAAAUUGACGCCAAGUAACAUUUCCACCGCCUCCCAGCACUUGCAUGAAUGAUGGCAUUGUGGCAGAGGGUUGCAUAGGGAGAGCUGAUUGCAGAAGCACGCGCUGUGAAGAGGGGAUAGGGAGCAGAAACUGAGAGGACAGGGCAGCACAGACGAGGAGACUUCAGGGCCGAGAUGGAAAGAAAGCUGCGGGAGGAAAAGAAGAAGGACUUGCCAGACCAGGACCAUGACAACAGAAGUUCAACUGAAAUAUGCUGCUAGGAGAGGCUACAGUCCCCUGACAGGAAUACGCAGGUGUAGAGGAUGGAUGGAGGGAUGUUCAUAAGAAAAGGCUUUUUAGAUGAGACAAAAUUGUAGAGUUUUUUUUUCUAAGGAGACUGUAAAUAGUCCACUAACUACUAGCAAGGAUGCAUCUGGUUGUGAAACCUUCACAUAAAGCCAUGUUCACCGUGCUGCCUCACUUUGUGGAGGAAGCUGCUCUGACUCAGAGGGAGAUCUGUCGCAUCCUCAGUGAGAGCUUCUUCAUGGUCAAAGGAGCCGCCCUCUUCCUCCAGCAGGGUGGCAGUGCACAAGGACCAAAGACCCCGACCCACCACAAACAUGCAGGUGAUUUACCUCAACACCUGCAGGUCAUGUUUAAGAUCCUCCGGUCUGAAGAUCGCAUUAAGUUGGCUGUACGGUUAGAGAGCGGAUGGUCAGACCGGGUGCGCUACAUGGUCGUUAUCUACACCAACGGCCAUCAAGACACAGAGGAAAAUAUCGUCGUGGGAAUGGACUUCACAGACAAGGACAGUAAAGAUUGCUCUAUUGGGAUGGUGCUUCCACUGUGGAGUGAUACCAACAUACAUUUAGAUGGAGAUGGAGGCUUCAGUGUGAACACAGCAGGGCGGUCACAUGUCUUCAAGCCUGUAUCUGUGCAGGCCAUGUGGUCUGCCCUGCAGAUCCUCCACAAGGCAUGCGAGGUGUCACGCCGGUUCAACUACUUCCCAGGGGGCAUUGCUCUCACAUGGAUGGCCUUCUAUGAGAGCUGCAUCACCUCAGAGCAAAGCUGCGUCAAUGAGUGGAACGCUAUGACUGACCUGGAGACCACCCGGCCUGACUCACCCACCAUGUUCGUCGACCGGCCAACUGAACGAGAGAGAACAGAGUGUCUCAUCAAAGCCAAGCUACGCAGCAUCAUGACAUUUCAAGACCUGGAGAACAUCACGUCAAAGGAGAUCCGUAAUGAGCUGGAGCAGCAUAUGAGCUGUAACCUCAAAGAGUACAAAGAGUUUAUAGACAACGAGAUGCUUCUGAUCCUGGGUCAGAUGGACAAGGCCACACUUAUCUUUGACCAUGUGUACUUGGGCUCUGAGUGGAACGCUUCCAACCUGGAAGAACUACGUGACUGCGGAGUUGGUUACAUCCUGAAUGUUACCAGAGAGAUUGACAACAUCUUCCCAGGGAUGUUCUCUUAUCACAACGUCCGUGUGUACGAUGAGGAGGCCACCGACCUGCUGGCCCACUGGAACGAAACCUACAACUUUAUUGUCAAAGCCAAGAAGAACAAUUCCAAAUGCCUGGUGCACUGUAAGAUGGGGGUGAGCCGGUCUGCCUCUACAGUUAUUGCCUAUGCAAUGAAGGAGUACGGCUGGUCUCUGGAGAAAGCCUACAACUUUGUCAAGCAGAAACGGAGUAUAGCUCAGCCAAACGCUGCUUUCAUGAGACAGCUGGCAGAAUACGAGGGAAUCCUGGACGCAAGUAAACAGCGCCACAACAAGCUAUGGAGGCCUGAAACAGAUGAGGAGGGAUCAGAUGAUUUGCAAGCCUCUGGCCACAGUACUGGUGGGGAGGAGACACCAGUGCUCAGAGGGGAAGAAGCCUGGGGAGGCUGCGGGGCGUCUCCCUGCAGGGGUAUGGGUCUGGAGAUGGAGCCCCUUGACUCUCUUAACUACAAUUAUUACUUCAGACGUUUGUCAGACUCUGCACUAGACAGCGAGCCCUCCACCCCAGUGCGGGGUCCCCCUCUGCUAGGUAUGGAAAGAGUUUUCAUUGAGAUUGAAGACGUGGAGAGGGAUGCCCUAUUGGAGGAUGAGGGUUUCCCCAUGGCCCAUUUAGCCCUGCCUGGCGGGGGCACAGCAGCUCAGACGUGUGGGCGCCUUGACCCCCUGGAGGACAUGAGACUGAGGCUCGAGUUCAGUACUUUGGAGGAAGAGGAUGAAGAAGAGGCCAAGAAAGAGGAAGCUGAGAUGGCAGCCUUGGCUCAAACACCUGGAAAUUCAGAUGGGAAGAGGGCAGGGGAGGAGGCCGAGAGGACGGAGGAAAGCCGGUUAGGCCUAGCCAACCUGAACACCAACAACAGCAACCGCCUAGCUGCCAAGCGCAGCUGCCCUGCAGCUUUUGACGACAGUGCUAGCACAGGAAACCCUUUAAAAGUGAAGCCCUCCUAUCAGUCCUGUAAAGACUGCCUGCGUCUACCACAAGGUCGGCGCUGUGACCGUCCAGCAGGAGGCCGUUCCCACCGCCUUAAUCCCUCCCGCCACUGCACUGUCCCCUCCAUAUGCAUAGAUCCGCCCGGGACCAAUUUUGCCUCCAUUCCAAUUCUGCAGUCUCUGCAAGCCCCUGCAGUUGUCCCAGCUAACUUGGUCCAGCCCUGUAGUCAUCUCUACCGCUGUGCCACCUGCACCCCCAGUGUCCCACCUGUCCCACUAAUCAACCACCAGAAACUGGUCUCACCCAUGAGCUGUGAGGAGACUCCUCCUGACCUCAGCUCAGUGGAGACAGAGGACAUGGACGAACCACAGGGGGACGACGUGGGAGAACAAAUAUCAAGGGAGGGUACAGGGGCCAUCAGUGUAACUACUGCUGAAGGUUUAAAAUUACAACCUGGUGGUGCAGUGGAGGUCCAGCAGCAGGCUCUGGCCCAGCUGCAAAUGCCAGGACUGGGGAUAGAUUUUGGUCUGGAACUGAUGCGACAGAGGGAAGAGCAGCUUGAGGGACAGCUCCCAGUGGGGCCCCUGCCUUAAUACAGUGGCCCGAGCAUGGAUGGGAUGGAGGAGGAGGCUUACCACUGCCUCCACCAGAUACACUAUGUUGGCUGUGGGCCUUUAGAUGACUGCCCCUGUAGUGUGGUACCAGAUGCAAAGCUCUGCUUUGACCUGUACUGUCAUGUCCUGGCCUCAUAGCUGCACUGUAACAAGCUGCAACAGCCCUCUGUGCAUUUACAGAGAGUAUCCUGUCAUCGUCUACUGGCAUUAAGAUCCAGAUGAGGCUGGUUGUUCUGACCAUACACUAAAGACCUGAAUGCUUCUGGCCAGGUAAAGAAUUUCUGAAGACUUUCCUGUGUCCCUCAGACCUGAUUCAUGUCCAUCUGGUUUCUUUUGAACCUGCCAGCCCCACACCACAUACAGGAUCAUCACUCUUCCCCACAGUCUAGUGGAGAUGGGCGUUAUGCUGCCAUUUUCCCCUCAACAGACAGGUUUGGCAUAUUCCCAAGACAGGAAACAGUGGUGGUUUCUAACUCCUGAGAAAGCUAUAGCUGGCAGUCUGAUGUUUAUGGAAAGAAAAAUACCUGAGGUAACAUGCUUCUGUCAGUGUACUGUAUGUUUUCAAUCCAACUCAACAGUAUUCAUGAAGGAGCUCAAUGAACGUUUGCAGUUGAGCCUGUUAGAUUGCAUUCAGUAUUUCCUCAUGUUACCAUCAAUAACUGAAUCCUCACUUAUCUUCACUUUAUAUUUUCCCUGCUGCAGCUGCUUUUGCAUCACGAGAGGGCAUUUCAUGUGAAAGCAUAAUCAUUUUUAAAAAAGGAUGUGAGCCUUUUUAUGCUUCUUUGUAAAGCGUCGUACCUCGGACCACAAGCAUCUCAGACUGUUUUGGUCAAAGACUGUUUUGUUGUCUCUGCUCAGUGGCUGGUUUACCCCCGACCUCCUCCGUUAAAGUUAAUGUAAUCAUGUACUUAAAGCGCUCACUUUAGCCCACGCAUGACUUUGCAGUAUUACAGAACAUAUCUUCAACAUGCUUAGACAGAAAACAUAUUAAAGUCACCUUUAAUUUAUUCUAUUUUUUUAAAUACUGAAAAAACAUUUGGCAUUCAAAUGUGUCAUUAUUCAGAAGGCACAUCAUUCAUCCGAUGGAUGAUGAUUGACUGAAUUGAACCACUCAUCUUAUGCCUGAAAGAAUGACAAAAGAAAAUAACACUGAAGAAAUACAUUCAGUUGUUGUAAGACAUUACAUUCAGUCAUUCAGAUGUUAAGAAACAUUCAUAAGCGUAAAUGUAAAUUUAUUUUCAAUUCCUGAUGUAACCAAAGCCAUAUCAUGUUGCAAGGUCCAGUUAAUCACCUUCAUGAUUUUAGAUGGCAAAGAAGCUAUAUAUUGAUAUAUUAUACAUACUUUUCUUACUUUCUUACCCAGUCUGCAUCUGGGUAAUCAUUUAUCUAAGAGGCUUCCGUGGUAAACAUGGCUCACCCAGUUAACGUUUUGGUCACACGUUGAAAAACCGUAGGCUACCUUUCCCUAAACCCACAAACAUUUGCAAAGACACACUAAUCAUGUAUAGAUUUAGCACCUGAGCACAACUCUAGUAUCCAUUCACACAGUGCAUUUAUUUCAGAUCUAUUGCUAAGUUUAAUCAAGUUAAUUUGAGAACACUAAAGCAGAAAUAGAAACAUCAGAAAUAAAACAAAUCUACAAUAUGCUUCAAAGUAGUUACAUUCUUUGCUUGCAGUGUAGAGUCAAUCCUUGUGAGUGUCAUUUAUUUGAACUAAUAAUUAUCAGAAAGUUGCAGUCAACAGCAGAUGCUGCUGUAAAUUUUGUUGAUAAUUUAGUGUUUUUGUGAAAUAAAAUAUACUUCAGUUAUUAUUCUGACUUACCAAAUGAAAUAUUUCUAUUUACAGUGCGAAAAUUAUAAAUAUUCUUAAUUUACAAUACUAAAUUUCCUUUAAAUACAGAAUAAGUAACCUAUCAAGAAACUGCAAAGCUCAGCACUCACAGGCUUUUGACAUCUCUUCUACCCAACAAUCAGUUUCUUAGUCUUGUCCUCAUUUGUUAUUUAGACUUUUCAUUUUUGUACAUGUUCAGACAGCUUGAGGCAUGUUUUGUUCAAAUUGUGCCACCAAUCCAAAGUUGCUAUGCCACAGCGUGUCACUCUGCAAGUUCUUCUGUUUGGUUGAUGUUGUGUUUGCUUACUGUUUUUGGCACGCUGGGUGUGCUGGAAUGGUACUGAAUGAUGCCUGUUUGUAUGCAGGAAAAGCACAUGCAAGUGUUAGUACUGUGUUUAAUGAUCUGAGUGCUUCAGAAGAAAUGAAAACUGUGCAAAGAAUGAAUGCAAAUUAUUGAAUCAUCUUUAACCGUAGGGUUAUUGUAUAUUUUUUGUAGAUUUGGUUUUCUUUAGUUAGAUCAGUAGAAACCUCAACAAACAACAACAAUGCACCCUCUGUUCCUUCUCCUCCCUUAACCGGACCCCAGGGAGCUGCAGGUUUGCUCUACUAGUUAGAUUUAAAUAAUUUGGUUUUGCCUUUAACCUGUUCUUUCCCUCACGUGGCCAUUUGAGCAUGAUGUAACGUAAAACAGCAUCUGAUACCACACACAUUUGCAAUGGAACCAUUUCAGACUUUAAAAAAGUUACAAUUACUAUAAAGUUUAGAAAUAUUGCAGCUAUAAGAAUUAAGAAAUGUUACAAAGUGGCAAGGUUGCUAAAGGAGAUUUAAGGAAUAGUUUGAAAUGUAUCUGAAGGUAAUAAAAUCCACCUACCAGCACCUCUUAAGCUCACUAAUUAACACUUUACAUCUCAUUUGUUUAAUUUGAAUGUGGCGAAAAAGGAUCCAAAAAUGACAACUAGUCUUUUUUACACUAAUCAUGUUGACCAUUAGAGUUGCUAUUAGUUGGAUUUUCUUUUACCUUCGGACAGGCUAGCUGUUUUACCGUUGCCAGUCUUCAUGCUAAGCUAAGCUAACCGACUUCUGGCUGUAGCUUCAUAUUUACUGACAGACAUGGAGGAGUGGUAUUGAUCAUAAGUGCAUUUUCCAAAUUGUUAUUAAAUUCCUUUAAUAUAUUAUGAUUAGGCCUGAUCAGUGUGUGAUGUUACAAGCACUAAAUCGCUGCAUUUGUGUUCCCAGACCACAGCACUACGUUUGGUUGUUUGCUUCAUGUUCUGAAUUUGUUUUUGUAUUUAAGUGCCUUAACCUUGGGCCUUAGCUCUGUCAUAAAGCAUCAGAGGCGUUCGCAAAGUUUCUGUGAGUGUGUUGAUGGUCUGGGUUUUUGUACAUUACUUACCCUCACUCCAAAUAAUAACCAUGCUCCUUGCAAUGUAUAACUUGGCACAUAAUCUAAUGUAUGCAAACACACACACAUAAGCUCAUGCACAGCAGCCUCCUCCACCCCAAUACACACAUACUUGAUGGACUUCCAUUUAUUAAUAGCCUAUAAUAAUAUUGUAUUUGUUUGAUAUUGUUGAAACUUGUGGUACACUGUAUUGGUUCAAUAGCUGGCUGAAGAACCUUACUUGCUGGAAUGAGAACUAUCAUUUACAUUAAAACAUUAGAUAGGAAUAAUUUAAGUCUUUAAAAUUUACCAGUUUGUAUAUAUUUUUCCCUACAAUUUGCUAUUGAGAACAUUAGCUUGCAGAUGUGGUCAAUAUUAAAGCACUGAUAAUGUUACCGUGUAUUGAGAAGUACUCAUAAUUAAGUUCUCGUGUUUGUACCACAGCAAAAAAUGACUUUGGGCCAUCUCAAAUUUAGGCAGAUGUCUUCAGGCUCUAUUAAAAAUGGCAAUGAUUGAAUUUUUUUUAUUGCAUUAUUCCCAGGCAGCAGGCACCAAACUGACAAUCCUACUUAAGAGCCAGACAUUGAGGAAUUUGUGAGGAAGGAUAUUAAGACAUUAAGUUAAAGGGGGAUCCAGGCAUUUGUAGAGUGUAUUUAUAGAGCACAAGUCUGCCCCAAAGCAUGUGAGGUUGAGACGAGUAGAAAAUGUAGAACAUGAAAAACCUACCUGGGAGUAAGAUUUUGUUACGUUAAUUGUUUUUGUUAACUUUUGUGUACUGUACAUUGCCAAUGUUCAUGUGUAAUGCACUUUGUUUUUUUUUGUUUUUGUUUUUGUUUUUUUUACAUUUUGUUAAAAUGAUGUCCAGUCUAAUGUUUAUCAUGGAAAUAAACCAUUUCCUCUGCA